AUGGCGGCCUUGCGCCCCGAAGACGCCAUGCGCUCGGAGGCCGACACGAAGAGACCCAUCAUCACACAUCUUACGGCCGACAACUCCUGGCUCAUACAGCUCCCUCGCUCAAGUGGCGACCGCAUGUUCUUCAACAUCGUGCUUGACCCUUGGCUCACCACGAACCAAAUCGAGUUCGCCACCUGGGUGCAUGAUCAGGCUCACACGGAAAUGUGCGCUGCCCAAUCGUUUGCUGAUGUUGAGAGGUUCUGCGGCGACGUAGAACGGCUGGCACGAAAGUUCCGAUCUGUAGAAGGCGAGUCCACGAAGCCAACAAGCUACAUCGAUGCGGUCGCCCUGAGUCUGGCCAAAACGGACCAUGUACAUCAAGAGACUCUGCUCCAGCUGCCUCCAAGUGUUCCCAUCUUUUGCUAUGGUAUUGGUACCGCCAGUAUGGUCAAAAGCUGGAAGUACUUUGAGACUGUCAUUGCAACUCCCGACUUCAUUGGCAACUGGGAGAAGACCAGCAUUGCCCCCUUACCAAAGGACAUCGGCAUCUCUGCCAUCCAGAGCCGGUGGGACAUCUCGGGCCUACAUCCCGCCCAGAUCAUCAGUUGGCAGCCACCGGGAAGUAGUCAAGCCGAAUGCAUCAUGUACACACCCCACGGCAUCUUACCUACAGACAUAUCUGCCCUCGUUGAAGCCGAGCCGCCUGUCAAAGUGCUUGCUCUCCUCCAUGGCUGCCUUCGAGUGGGCGUCGGGUUCAGGUACUUUAAUACACCGGCGAAUCUGGGCGCACGCAACGGGCUGGAAGUCUCCCGGCUAUUGAAGUCGCAGUAUUGGAUCCACACUCAUGAUGAGAGGAAGGUAGAGAAAGGACUUACCAGCUGGAUCUUGGUGCACGACUGGCAGAAGCUAGAUGAUGUUGCGGAAGAGUAUGCGAAGAAGAUUGGUGAGGAGAAAGAUGCCAUAUUGAAGCAGGCCAAUUUCCACGACCUUGGGAAUGGUGGAAGUCUUGUGCUGGUGUGA